CACAAGUAUAAAUUUGCUCCACUGCAGCUGUGCAGCCGAUGAAUACACAUCGCAGGAUCAGACGCCAUGUGGGAGGUCGUAGUGUUUUUCAGCCUUCUGACAGCUGAGCUCAGAGCUGACACGUAUGACAAUGAACCUGCUGGAGUUUUGCUACAUGACUGUUCUCCAUACCACGUGGUCUCUCAAAUCAGAAGCUCCCACAGCGAGGUGGACAAUGAGCGCCUUUGGCACGUCGAGUGCCGUCCAGUCGACUUCAACCUGACUUGUUCAUGGGCCAGUUUUCUGAACAUGAAUGAGAUGGACCUGUUCUUCCACUGCCCAGAGGACCAGCUGAUGGCAGGAGUCUACAGCGAGUUUGUUAUGGAACAAGGAGACCGCCGAUGGACAUUCCUCUGCUGUUCCGCUCCAAACCUUGGCACCACUGAUUGUCAGCAGUCGCCUAUUGCCAACUACUGGAACGAGGACUUCACCUGGAAUGUUCCCGGGCUGAACUACCUGACUGGAGUUCAAACACACGGCAGGAAUACUGAUGGUGACCACCGCUGGAGCUACAGCUACUGCAGAGAAACCGACGAUUCGGAGAUGGUGACUUCCAAGAUCCUCCACACCAAUGACGAGGUGCAGGACAAUUUAAUCGAAGGAGACCUGGCAUCACCAGGGCAGGACAGUGGGCGAGUCUGUCAGGACUGCAAGUGGCAGAAGGUGGGACAACUGGUCCAAGUACCGUACGUUCUGGAGGGCUCCUUCAGUAGCCUUGAGAAGGACACGAUCUUCAGUGCCAUGAAAGGGUUCCACUUGAACACGUGCGUGCGCUUCGUUCCACGACAACUGGAGCACAGCUACCUCAGCAUCUUGAAGCUUCGUGGUUGUUGGUCGUAUCCCGGGCGAAUUGGAGGACCCCAGAGAUUGUCCCUUGGUAGAGGAUGCAUCUAUUACGGUGUCAUCCAGCACGAACUCCUGCAUGCUCUUGGCUUCUACCAUGAGCAGAACCGAUUUGAUCGGGACAUCCACAUCCACAUUAACUAUGAAAACAUCAAGAACAAUCGACAGAAGAACUUCAGGAAACUGAAAACAAACACCCUCAACAUUCCAUACGACUAUAACUCCUUGCUGCACUAUGGGCCAAUGGAAUUCUCUAUCAACGGACAACAAACGAUCACUUCGUAUGGACAAGAGAUUGGUCAGAGGAUCGGAAUGUCAGUGUUCGAUAUCAUCAAGGUCAACAAGCUUUACGACUGCAAUGAUUACCUUCAUAAACAUGGCGAGUGGGACAACGUGCUAGACGGGAACUUGUUCCACCAAUGUGCAGCCGGUCAAGCUGUGUCCAGCAUCACCAGCAUGCACAGCAACUUGAAAGCAGACCGCCUGUGGGGAUUUUCCUGCAAGUCCUUGGAGGAGAACUUGGGCUGCCACUGGUCCGGUGCAGUCAACGAGUAUUGGGGUCCCAUUGACUUCUCAUGCCAAGCUAAUGAAGUGAUCGCAGGCGUCCGAGCCCAGCGCCUCAGUUACCUGUGGGACCGACUGUGGGAGUUCUACUGCUGCACUCACCCAGACCUUCUUCUGACCAUGUGCCAGGACACACCGGUGGUCAACUACUGGCAUGAAUACUUCCACUUCUCUGUACCCAGUGGAAACUUCCUUACAGCAGCUAAAAGCACCUACAACAUGGAGGAAGGGGACCGUCGGUGGAGCUUCACCUACUGUCAGCAGACAUCCUGAGUCUUGGAGGGGAAAAGGCCAAGUGACUGACGCCACCUGCUGUUGAGACACUGCAACGGCAACAUCGCAGAACUGCGAGAAUAAAGGUUUCUGUCUUGACGGUGUCGAGAAUUGAUUGACGGGGAAAGCUGAGAUGCAGCAGGCGAAAUGGGAAGCUAGGCUUCGAACAAGCGAUGGAUUAGGAAUUAAAUAUUCACACUCAUAUUCCUCAGCAAUAGCAUCGAUCACUGGCCAGUCUCUACGGAUAUAUCCGGUGACCCAGCGCAGUUCUGGAGAAACAUCACCAAGGACAUUCAUCCGGUACCGUCGCCAUCUCUUCCUCUGCUGCCCCCUAGCGUUCAUGAAGCAGAUGUA